CGCUCGACGCUAUCCAUCCAGCAGGCGUCGCCGACCCGGACCACGUUCCUUCAACACCCUGAAACAAGGUGAGCGAACCCACCGCCGACAAGCCGACAAGAGUGGUUGGGUCAAGCAAAAGAGGCGGGGGUCAACUCGUAAGAGGUGGCUGUACUCUGCAGGUGUGAGAGAGCAAGCAGCCAACGCACACAGCGGCUCAGAGACCCAUUUCACGAACAAGCGAGCUCUAGGGAGGAGAGAGAGAGAGAGAAAGAGAGAGAAAGCCCGAGCGACCGACCGAGUGACCGACCGAGCAAGGCCAAGAUGGGCCGCAACAGCAAGGGGUCGAAAAAGAACAAAUCCAAAAGGAAGAGUGUUGGCGGAAAUACGGCGGCAUCGAAACCCGCCGCCGCCGCCGCCGCCGCCGCCGCCGCCUCGGUACUGCCCGCCGUACUAGCAGAAGCACCGGCCGCAGCAGCACCGGCAGCAUCACCAGCACCAGCACCAGUAGCCGCUGCAGCACCAGAGGCGGCAGAUGGAAAACCGCCAGUGCCUUCCCCCCCCCCACAAACCCCCCCCCCCGCCGCCGUCCCCGCCGCCGCAACCGCUACACCACCCCCCGCUACCUCGACGCCUCCGCCUCCUGUUAUUGAAGAACAAACCGAAGAGAUGAUGGACAUGUCCAAGUUAACGGAGGGCGUCGCCGCCGCUGCGAGCAGUGUCAACAAGGCGGUGACCGAGGCUGCCGAGGCGGCCACCACUUCCGCUGCCGACAUGGCGUCGCGCACCGCUGCCACCGCAAAGAGAGCGGUCGCUUCGGCGACGGAAGCGGCAACCGCCGCCGCCGACACCGCAACAAGCGAAACUACCGCCGCCGUUGAGAACGCGAAGAGCGAAGCCGCCGCCGCCGCUGAUACCGCAAAGAGCGAAGCCACAGCCGCCGCCGACACCGUGACGAGCGAAGCUACCGCCGCCGCUGAGACCGCAAAGAGCGAAGCUACCGCCGCCGUUGAGACCGCGAAGAGCGAAGCUGCUGCCGCCGCUGACACCGCGACGAGCGCAGCCACAGCCACCGCUGACACUGCGAAGAACGAAGCCACCGCCGCCGCUGGUACCUCGACGAGCCAAGCCAAUGCCGCCACCGCGACGAGCGAAGCCACCGCCGCCGCUGACGCCGCGGCGAGCGAAGCCACCGCCGCCCUUGAUACCGCGGCGAGCGAAGCUACCGCCGCCGCAUCCACGGCGGAGAGCGAAGCCACGGCAGCCGCGACGGAGGCCACCGCCGCCGCUUCGACCGCCGCCGCGGGCAUCGUGUCGCAGGCCCAGGGGCUCGUGGACGCAACGGAGGCCACUCUCGGGUCCGGCAUGGCGACCGCGGAGGGAGCGUUGGGGAACAUGAAGACCUCGCUCGGCGCCGUCACGUCGCAGGUCGACACGGCCCUCAGCUCCGUUAGCUCCAAAUUUGCUGCUCCCGCUCCCGCUGCCAAGGGCGCCGCCGACGCCUCGGCGUCGGAGACGGCGGCCCCUGCUGAGGAAGGAGGGAUGGGAGGCUUUUUGUCCGGCAUCAUGUCAACCGUCCAGGACGCGGUUUCGAAAGGGGAAAGCGCUGCGUCUUCCGCGACCACUCAGGCGGAGGGCGCGCUGGCCGCAACACAGUCGGGCGUCACCGCUGCCGAGGGGGAGAUCGACGAGGUCAUGGCCAAGCUCCCCAGCGGGGGCAGGGAGGCGGGGGGCGCCGGCGGCGCCGGCGAGGACGGCACGCGCGCCCUGCCCGGGGGCGAUGCUACCACUACCGCUGCCGCUGACCCGUACGCCCAGGACCCGGAGGACAAGAAGAUGCUCGGGACGUGCAAGGUGCCCAAGGUACCGGACUCUUGCGUGAUCUGCUGAGUGCGGUAUUUUUUUAUUUCGUGGGAGAGCGGCCGGGACGACUCGACAGCCGUUUGUGGUGUUGAGGAACGCUCCUUUGUGGUACGGUAGCAUGCCUGACUGGGUGUUGCUCGCCGUAGGUGUCUAGUUUUCCUUGUAAACGUAUAGCCUCUGCAUCGUAGAGAACUCAGGUCGAAACCGCCCUCGAGGAUUUUCCCAC